GCAAGGGGCCGGCUUCGAGCUUGAGACAGACGGCGGGCUGUGUUGUAACGUUUCCUGUCCGGCGGGGCGAUAACGCAGGCUGGUCGCUCAUUGAGAAGGAGGACCCAGCGGAUGGCAGAUAAGGCGUCUCUGCAAAUGCUGACCUGAGCACGAACUGCGGGUGGGCAUCCGUAUGCAGGAGGCUCUUGGCCAGGCUCUUUCUGCUGGUUCCCUGUGCCGUCCUGGGGACCGCGGCCUGCAGCGCUGCAAUCAACCGGGCAAGACAGCACCUUCCAAACGUGCUGCAACGCUCCAAGAACGUUCCGGAAAGCUGGCUGACCAGUAAGGUGGACGUUUCUCGCAUCGGUGCAGCUUUAGGGCUCGUGCAUGGCGACCAUUCUGGAUCUUGUGAGCUUUCUGGUCCUCCUGAACUCAGCAUUCCGUGGACAAGCACAGCUGGCACAAGAGAAUAUAUCUCCUAUUACAAACAUGCAGCUAGAUCCAAGGAAAAGAAUGUUAACCUGGAAUUACAUAAGAAAUGUGAGUCAGCAAGAAUGCACUUAUAGCCCGCUGAACUCUUCCAUCAUGCCCAACUUUACCACCAGGCAAAUCCCACGGGUCAGAGAGGACAACACGUACUUCUGCAUCUUCCCUAACUGCGUGCUUCACAGGGGGGCCCAGCUGACUGUGAACGUCACCUGUGAUGGGAUCGUGUCUCAGGAAUUCCUGCUUUUUGAGAACCGAGGCAGAGAAGGUUCCGGGGCCGUGAACUUUUCCUGUUUCAUUUACAACGUCCGCCUCAUGAACUGCAGCUGGGUGCCCGGCCCCCGCGCCCCAGCUGAUGUCCGCUAUCAGCUCUUCUGGUGGACCUCCUUGGACAAGGAUGAGGUGGAGUGCGUCCACUACAUCAUGGACCCCACGGGGACGCGCGUGGGCUGCCAUUUCGAUCAACUUGGUGAACCCCAGAAUAUGGAUAAUUACUUCUUCCUGGUGAACGGGACCAGCAAUGAGACGGCAAUCCCAUUUUUGGACUUUGUUCCAUUUGAAGCCCGUAAAAUGGAGAAGUAUGACCCGCCAAUAAACAUCACGAUCUCCUACAACAGAUCGCAUCACAUUAUCCAGUGGGAGAAUCCCGAGAUCAGAUAUGAGCUUUCGAGUCACGUCUUGUAUUAUGAGCUGGAUAUCCAAAGAGCGGGCAGCGCCUCCAAGACAAACCCCGUUUUCCAGAGGGGACAAGAUCCGAAUGUGUACCUGAUGCCCCGUUCUGCCGUCAGGCCAGACACCACGUUCCGAGUGAGGGUGCGCUACCUGCAUAAUGAGCUCUGGAGCGAAUGGAGCCCGACGCUGCGUCUUGGCCUCCCGCAGCAGGAUUUCCGCCGCGUCCUGGUCGAGGUGGUGGUGGCGGCCACCGCUGUGCUCGCUCUGGUCCUCAUGUGCUUGUGCAAAUGGUUCUCCGUCAGGUCCAGGCUGUUCCCCCGAAUCCCGCAGGUGAAGAAGGAAAUCACCGGGACGUUUAUGCCGCCCCCGGAGGUCGCCUGGGAGGGCGGCCGCCCGCCACCACUGGGCUCCCAGGAACCCGAGGAUGUCCUCAUGGUGGAGGAAAUGUCGUGACUGGCAUGGGGACUAGCGGAAACUGUGGCUUCGGCCUCAUCCCCUGCCCCCGCCACCCCUGAAAACGUCGCGUUUGUGCAUCGUCCACUCCCGUCUGGGCAAGAUUUCUCAGCUGACCUGCAUCGCCACCACCGAAAACCCAGCAGCACGGCUUUCUAGCUUUCUACACGCGUCCAAGCGGGCGGGCGGUGUGGGCAGCUCGAGGAUGUGGAGAGAGGCCGCCAUGCUCCCCUGGUCCCCGGGGCUGGUCCUACAGGCUGGGAGCACCAGGGUCGCCCAUUCCCAUCGUGCACCUAGCACAUCCCAGCGUGACGAAGCCCUGGAGACGCUCACCGUGCCGUGAGCCAGCCGGGCAGUGGCUGAGGGCGAGGGCGGAAAGAGAGCGCGCGUUUCUUCCGCCGGAUGAGCCUCUGCGUCUGCUUUAGGGGACCGGCACCUGUUUGGGUUACUUGCAGAGUUGUCCCAUUGCUUUUAAGACAACGGUCUCCGUGGCAAGUGGGGCCCGAAGACACGCGUUCCCCGUGGAUGUGAGAAGCGUCGGGGAUCAAGAUAACUGCUGCCCCGUGUCCACGGAAGCCACGCUACCCAGUGGCUGUUCAUCCAAACCACACACACACACACAAAGGAAAAAACAAAAAGAAAAAAGAAAGCAAAGCUGUCCGAGCAGAAGACGCGUUCAUGAACCCCCAGGCGCGAAGUAUCUGCACUCCUCCCCAGGGCUUCUCCCGCCAAAUACGGCCAUUAUACCCUCAUUUCAAAGAGCCCGGCCACCCUGUGCUGCCCACACGCAGCACACACAUCGAUGCACCUGUCUUUGUGGAGAACCAUCCCUACUCCUUAAAACUAUGUGCAAAACCAGCGGGUUGUUUUUGCACGGAUUUGCUUUAAAACGAGGGUGCAGACUGUGGGGCCCCGGUGAGCACUGAUGCACAUUUGCAGGUGCUCGUUGGGACAGAUGAUCACCGUGCAGUGUUUGCAAAGUGCCAACAGGACGGGGACACGUCACCCCGCCCGCAGGUGCAAGAAUCGAUUUGACCCCUGCACGUCAAGGAUGCUUAUCUGCAGACUGCACGCGUUUUUGUUUCAUGCUUGUCUGUAUUUUUGACUCGGGGGGUGGGGGGGGGAAGAAAUAGGUUUACAGUGAGAAAGUGGUGGGUGCAUUUGAGGGGGAAAAAAAUCUAGUAUUGGGAGCACGUUUCGAUGGGAGUAAGACCAUCUUCUUCUGUUCUGAUUUUGCAAAUUGCUGGGAAUGAACACGCAGUGCUCUCAUUAUGGCUGGUUUUGUAUGAAUCCUGUUGCUGGUGAACAAAGGUUGCUCACAAGAGUCCUUGUCCUUAAAGAGACCCUCCGUCAGCACAGCACGCCGGGGGCCAUGGGGCAGGGAGGUGAUUUUGGGGAGUGCAAAGCAAAGCAGAAUGUGGGGUCCCUCUUUGGAGAGGUGGGGAGGCCCAGCCCUCAGAGAAGGAGGUGUCUCUGUCCCAGGUUAUUGGUGGAAGCCUGGGGUUCCGCCGUAUCGAGGGCUUCGCUCAAAUCUUGCAAACGGGGACGUGGCCAGGACAGGGAGGAGUGGGAGUUAUGCCGGACCCCCAUCUCUUGGGCCCAUCUCGGUUAGGGUUCGGGGUCAGGAGAGCCUUGGGACGUGCACCCGGAGGUGAGGGUUCAGCGGCCCCUGGUCACUCACGUCUCCCAGCAGGUGCCUGGAAGCCUCCCAUCCGGCCUCCCCGGAGCCUUCGGUCCUUCUUGCCGCUCUUUUGGUGUCUACAUUGGCUGCCUACACGGGCAUCAUUUUGCAGACCCACAGGCUCUGCCGCCUGGACUCGGCCAAGCCCCCUGUGCCCUGAGGGAUCUGGACUCAGACCCCAGCUCGACUGCCACCCACGAGGGCGUUUGGAGAGGACCUGGCUCCCUGAACUGGGUCCUUUGGACCCCGACCACCAAACACCCACCAAGCUGCAUUUAUUGUGUGACAUUUAGUGACAACCCCAUAAAUAGUGUCUCGGCGAUACGAAAAAACACGGAGGCUGCUGGGCAGGCGGGCCCAUGAUGCCGGUAGCGUAGGGAUUCCAGCGGCGGCCGCGGACAGACACGGGAGCGCCCCAGGUCCCGUUCCUGGGGCGCCUGUCGCCUCGGGACAGCCCCCCCCACCCCCACCCGCAGCGCCUCCCCGUUCUCCAGCGUCGUCACGGAGAACAGAAAGUUUCUCGAGGAUCCUGCCGGCGGGUGCCUUCCGGACGUUUGGCAGAGACGUAGCACGUUCGCGCUGUUCUGCGGAGCGGGACGUGGGAUCGCGUGUCCAGAGUCGUGGGAACACAGGCGGGAGGCUGUUGAGACGUCGGAUGAUCUCACGGGUCCUUGUGGGUUUGCUCGCCCCCGAGUUUUUCCUGUGGAAAGCGGGAUCGGGACGUCCUUCUGUCUGUGCCUCCGUCUGUGUGUCUCGUGGAGCUCUCAGGAGGAGGACAGGGAUUGGGGAAGGGGGCCGCCAGGUGUCCCCCCACCCACCCCGGCAGGAGGCAGACGCCAGGUGCCCAGGACUCGGGAUGAAGGACACUCACGUCCGCUCUCCCCACUCGCCUUUCGGCUCGCGGCUCGCGGGCGCAGAGGAUGCGCAUGGCGCGUGGCGAAUUCAGGAUGGCGCCCCUCGCUCGCUUUUCCGCACAACCGCAUACUAAACACCGGGUUCGGCUGGGACCAUUUACGGAAGAAAACACUGUUCCGGGCCGUGUGCGCGCAUUCCAGGGCGUGAGGAAGCACGCGGAAGGCGCUCACGCAGACGCGGCGCGGGGAGAUGUCCGCGCGGAUUACACGGCACAGACGGAUCCACUCGCAAGUCUACACUGGGGGCGCCUGGGUGGCUCAGUCUGCCUUCGGUUCAAGUCAUGAUGGUGGCGUCCCGGGAUCGACCCCACGUCGGGGGUCCCUGCUCGGCGGGAAGCCUGCUUCUCCCUCUCCCACUCCCCCUGCUCGUCCUCUCUCUCUCUCUCAAAUAAAUAAAUAAAAUCUUUUAAAAAAUUUAAAAAAAAAAAGUCUACCCUGUGAAGAAACCUAUUUCACAAGAAGCAAUGUUGGCUGAUAAGAAGGUUUUCGUUGAAAAGCUUCCGUGUUUGGGGGGCGGGGCGGGGUUAAAAUACACAGAAGAAAACAGUCCACAUCUUUCGAAAAGGCUCGCUCGCGCCGAGAAAGACAACCAUGUCCUCGGGGCAGAGGAAGCGCUCGCCCGCUAU